CACACUGAUACCGGAAGUCCCGUUCGUUAUUAUUGCACGCUCCUUCCGCUCCUCCCUUCCCUGCUAGCAAGUCGGGUUAGCUAGCUAGCAAGUCAGAGUCAUUAAAGUAUAUAGGUUUAUUAUUAUGAAUUGAUUGAUUUCCGUAUUAUAUUUGAUUUUUAUUUCUUCUGUCCGAAUAACAGCCAGAUUACAAAAUGAACAUACGAAACGCCAGGCCUGAAGACCUGAUGAACAUGCAGCACUGCAAUCUGCUGUGUCUGCCUGAAAACUACCAGAUGAAAUACUAUUUCUACCACGGAUUAUCCUGGCCUCAGCUCUCUUACAUUGCAGAGGACGAAAAUGGAAAAAUUGUGGGAUACGUGCUGGCAAAGAUGGAGGAGGACCCAGAUGAUGUGCCUCAUGGACACAUUACCUCCCUGGCAGUGAAGCGCUCCCACAGACGUCUUGGUCUGGCUCAAAAGCUGAUGGACCAGGCCAGUCGGGCCAUGAUAGAAAACUUCAAUGCUAAAUAUGUCUCUCUUCAUGUUCGUAAAAGCAACCGAGCAGCCCUUCACCUGUACUCAAACACACUCAAAUUCCAGAUUAGUGAGGUAGAGCCUAAGUAUUAUGCAGAUGGGGAGGAUGCCUACGCCAUGAAGAGAGACUUGGCCCACAUGGCUGAUGAGGUCCCACAGCUUAGGAAGCCUGGGGUCCGAGUCACGGGUCAGGAGGCGCCAUCCGGCCAGAGCCCAUCAGGGUCCGGUGACCAGGAGAGAGAGAGCGAGAGAGACAGCGGAGGAGAGAGCAAAGAGCUGAGUGAAGUCAGCGAGGCCACAGAGAGCACAGAUGUUAAAGAUUCUUCCUCUGAUUCACAAUGACCCUGCAGUCGUAGACAUUUUUAAAUUCAUCCCUUAUUUCCACGUUUUAUCUCUAUUUGACAAUAUUUCUGAUUUACAAGCCUGACCACCUGUACGACAAAGCCCCCCUUUGCCAUCACUUUUUGUUUCUUCCUUCUCUCUCUCUUUCACUGCAGCGAUAAACAAAUCUCUCAGGGGAUGACAUGAAUCGGGAUGUUUUCUCAAAGAAACUAAAUUGAGUAACAGGUCUCUGUGUUUUUAUUGGAUUGCUUUUGUUGCCCAAAAUAUUAAUUAAGAUCUGCAGUUAAGAAAACAACCUGUGCUUCUUAAGUUGUCUCAUUCUGGUUCGUAAUUUAACAAUUACUGCAAAUAAAUCUUUCAAAUAAUU